AUGGCCUGGCGCAGGACAAAGAAGGCAGAUCUGGCCGUGGCCCCCCUGACCAUCACCCAUGUCCGCGAGAAGGCCAUCGACUUCUCCAAGCCCUUCAUGACACUCGGUGUGAGCAUCCUGUAUCGAAAACCCAAUGGCACCAACCCUAGUGUCUUCUCCUUCCUCAACCCGCUGUCCCCAGACAUCUGGAUGUACGUGCUGCUCGCCUACCUGGGUGUCAGCUGUGUCCUCUUUGUCAUUGCCAGGUUCAGCCCUUACGAGUGGUACGAUGCACAUCCCUGCAACCCUGGCUCCGAGGUGGUGGAAAACAACUUCACUCUGCUCAACAGCUUCUGGUUCGGCAUGGGGUCCUUGAUGCAGCAAGGGUCGGAACUGAUGCCCAAAGCCCUGUCCACGCGCAUCAUCGGCGGCAUCUGGUGGUUCUUCACGCUCAUCAUCAUCUCCUCCUAUACGGCCAACCUGGCCGCCUUUCUGACCGUGGAGCGCAUGGAAUCUCCCAUCGACUCUGCUGAUGACCUGGCCAAGCAAACCAAAAUCGAGUAUGGGGCUGUCAAAGACGGGGCCACCAUGACCUUCUUCAAGAAAUCCAAGAUCUCCACCUUUGAGAAGAUGUGGGCCUUCAUGAGCAGCAAGCCCUCGGCGUUGGUGAAGAACAACGAGGAAGGCAUCCAGAGGACCCUGACGGCCGACUAUGCGCUGCUCAUGGAGUCCACGACCAUCGAGUACGUCACCCAGAGGAACUGCAACCUUACCCAGAUCGGGGGCCUCAUCGAUUCCAAGGGCUACGGCAUUGGCACACCCAUGGGCUCCCCGUACCGGGACAAGAUCACCAUUGCCAUCCUGCAGCUGCAGGAGGAAGACAAGCUCCACAUCAUGAAGGAGAAGUGGUGGCGAGGCAGCGGGUGUCCCGAGGAGGAAAACAAAGAGGCCAGCGCCCUGGGCGUCCAGAAGAUCGGGGGCAUCUUCAUCGUCCUGGCCGCCGGGCUGGUCCUGUCCGUGCUGGUGGCCGUGGGCGAGUUUGUGUACAAGCUCCGCAAAACAGCGGAGCGAGAGCAGGUGAGCCUCGAGGACCGGGACCUGCGCGGGGACGGGAGGGAGAAGGGAGGACAGGGUUCCAGCUGGGUUCGUGCCUCCCAAGCGCACGGGGUAUCUGAGCCCACCCUGCCUCCCCCCACCCCCGACCAGGAGGCCCGCCGGCCCCACCCCUGCUCUGACUCCGAGCACACACUCCCACCGCUGCUGUUCCGUUCCAGGACAAGCCCCCUCGCCUCCAGCUGGACCUCUCCAAACAAGAAUGUAAUGCUUUGUAGGCUGCCCCACAAACUGAUCAUCCUGAGUGGGCAGCGGGUGGGUGGCCUGAAGCGCUCCUUCUGCAGCACCGUAGCCGAUGAGAUCCGUUUCUCCCUCACCUGCCAGCGUCGGGUCAAGCACAAGCCGCAGCCUCCCAUGAUGGUCAAGACAGACGCUGUCAUCAACAUGCACACAUUCAACGAUCGCCGGCUUCCGGGCAAGGACAGCAUGGCCUGCAGCACACCAUUGGCCCCUGUAUUCCCCUAA